GCGACGCAGGGGGGGUUGGAACCGCAGUGCCAACGAAAGGGCAAAGGAGGGAGGCGGGCUGGGUUGUUUAGCAGCUGCACGCCUCGUAAGGCUGCUACGGCUCAGCACUUUUGCUGCUACUACCACCUCGACAGGCACCCUGAAGCUGAGCCGUCCCUCCGGGCGCCGAUCCCAGUGGGGACCGCCUUCCAACCCGGUAUUAAAAAGUGCCCACUUCAGCGGAGGAGGGGAAAAGAUGCCCGUCUCGUGGGACAGUUUCUCGUCUUCGCUGCCUCCCAUUCCGGAGCAGCGAGAAAAUCAGCCUGCCUUUGCUUGGGAGAAGAGCGCUUACCAAGAAGCGGCCAGUCGAAGCGCGAGGCUGGAGAGCUCCGAUUGCGAGUCCCUGGACAGCAGCUUGAGCUCCGAAGGGGAUGCCCAGGAACAUCUGGAUGAAGUGUCCUUGCCAGACUUUGACUUGUUAAAUGAUCCGGAGGAUGAGCUCCUGUGUGCCAAUCUCAUGAAGCUAAUCCAAGUCAGUCUGAAUAAAGCGAAGAUCAACGCCAACCGUUCUUCCAGGCUCUUCAUGCCAAGCCAGCUGAUCACCCAAGUUGGCAAGGAGCUCCUUCACUUGGCUUAUAGAGAGCCCUGUGGCUUGAGGGGGGCCCUCAUUGACCUGUGCGUGGAACAAGGGAAGGGUUGCCAUAGCGUGGGGCAGAUUGCUGUGGACCCAAGCCUAGUGCCUACCUUCCAGCUGACUCUUGUUCUAAGAUUGGAUUCCCGCCUGUGGCCUAAAAUCCAGGGACUCUUCAGCUCUGGCUCUGCUUUCUCACCAGGCUUCAGCCAGUCGCUGAAGCUUAGCACUGGCUUCAGGGUCAUUAAAAAGAAACUGUAUAGCUCUGAACAGUUGCUCAUAGAAGAGUGUUGAGAAGUGUCUCCGGGUGGAAUUAACUGAGCAUUUACUCUUAGGAUGGUGGCUAGCACCAGACAAAACUGGGGAGGCGUGUUAAAGGGCUAUGGAACAUAAGCUGUUUUCAAGAUGUGGCUAUUUUCCAGAGCCACUAUAGGUUAGAUUAGAUGGAAGUUUGACUUAACAAGAGAUAGUAGGCAGGUAGUCCAAAGAAGAAGGAAAGCAAGGUUUGAAAAUAAACCACUGUGCUUUUUAGUAAUUCUGGAAAAAGAAAGGCCCCUUGGAUGCAAUGUGCUAGCUUUAAAAUCCUUGUCCGACAUGUGGGACAACUUUCUCUACUGAUUUAGCAGUAUUUUUUUUCCUGACAGCUGAUGACAUAACAGCAGCAGGGCUGCCACUAAGGAUAGAUGAAGGUUGCUCCCUUUUUCUUUUUCUUGAUAAGCUUUUUUAAAAAGGAAAAAAGAAACAUAGUAAUCAAUGGAUAACUGGUGAGCGGUGAGGUGCAUGAACAAUUGUUUAUAAGUGUUUAAGGUCUAAAGGGACCAAGAAUGUGUAACAUUGCUUUGAAUAGAAGGACAUGAAGAAGCUCCACUACUGACACUAGGGCAGCUAAAUAAGGACUUCUGGAUGAAUGGGGGGUGUUAAUCCACCAAACAUCAUUUGUGCAGCUCUGUUUAUUUUUUGUUUUUUUGAAUGAGACCAGCGUGGGAGACCAGCACAGGGCACUAGGUGUAUUGUGCUCUUGUCACGAUUAGGAAUUCUGGUGAUGUAUGUCUGAGGGAGGUGUGAGGCGAUGCUAGGAAGGGCUUGGGUGGGGGCAGGAACCCUCGCAGUUGGCCUGUAGCGCUUCCAUUGAUUACCGUUCACGUGGAAUACACUUGAUGUUCAAGUUUUUGAAGAUUCCUAUGCAACUGUUGGUUUUUUUACUUUUCUAAUAAAAAGGUUUCAAAUAA